GAACAAUUCCUUUAAGUCCUGUGAGUGCGGAACUUUGAUCCUUCGCUACACAUCAUGACCACCGAAUGCUGAUUUAUUGAUCUUCUAGAUGCGAGUGCCCAGGGCCGGAUUUACAUAGCGGGUGCCCCUAAGCUUGCUGCCGUUCAUUGCCCCUGUCCCCUCCCGUUUAUUUGCACACAUUUUUAUCAUAGGGACCGGAGCAAUGGGGAUUUGCGCACAGGAAAUUGAAACAUCUAUUGUAUCUUCUGUGCAUCCCCAGAGUUUCUGAACCAAUGUGGGUGUAGUUGGGCAGCAUGCCGCCCCCAAAAAUCCUGCCGCCCUAGGCCCGGGCCUUGGUAGCCUUUCCACAAAUCCGGGCCUGCGAGUGCCAGCUUUUCCCUGACUUAAGUAUUGUGUGUGUGUUUUCUAUAACUUUGCACAUAAGGUGGUGAUUUCUUUGAGCAGUUCCUUGCAUUUGUGGGUAUUGCUGUUGCAAACAGGCAAGGAUCAGGUUGAAGGACAAGCUGCUCUUAACUGGUGUCACAGUCCAUGUUUAUGUGUUUUGUAAUUUGUAAACCAAAUUACAAAUAAUAAAUUAAGUAACAGUAGAGAAAUUAAUGUUGCAGGGACAUUAUACCAUGGAAAUAACAUUUUACACUAAAUUACAAGCUACAAACCAAGUUAUUUCUAAGAUCACAGCCCCACAGUAAAGACUGUUUGGCUUGUCUCCUGCUUCAGCUCUCUUCUGUCUUCCUUUGAACUCCCCCUCCCUUCCAUCUACCUCCUCCCUUGCUCAUUCUGGGAAGGGCUUAGCUGCCUCGCUUAUACAGACAAAGCAGCAUCCAAUCAGCUGAUGGUUUGGUGUAAGGUGCUGUGAUCAGUGCACUGCAGAGAGAUGCAGGGAGAUGGCUCAGUCUGUAAGAUGUCUGUCUGUGGAAAGCUCCAGAUGCUGGGAUGAGAGGGGGAUGUGUGAGCCUUCCCCUGGGUUCAUGUCUGUUGUGCUCGCUUAACAUGUAACGACCCUUGUCGGUGACGGAUGCCUGCACCAUUACCAUUGUGUCGAUGCACUGAAAUUAUGGGGAAUUCUGUGAGCUGUGUUCGAAAGCCCAAAGAGCUCAGACAAGGGAAAGGGAAGGAGUCCCAUCCUGGAAAGAAAAGAAGACGGUUCAAGAGAAGGAGUAAAGGGCACAAGGGCGAGGGGCAAGACACAGGUGAUUCAGAGAAAGAAAGUAGAUUAGAGCCACAGGACAUGGUUAAUGUGUGUGAAAGAUUUGAGUCUCCUGGGCAGUCCCCCAGUAAACCAGCGGAGGAGGGGCAGUUUCUACAGGUGAAAGAGACACUUCAUGGAGAAGUGAGGAGAGCUCUUCUGCUUGAUCCUAUGCCUAUAGCAAAAUCCUUAUCAUCCGGAACUACAGUUAUAGCACGCAUUGUGGAAAACCCAGCAGUGAGCCAACAAAGAACACUGAGCACUGUAGUGGAGCUUGACCGGACUGGCAAUAGCCGAGCAAUAUUGUUGCCUGUGAAGGCAGAAAUGAUGGGAGAUGAUCUCAGCCUUACGACCAGCCCUGGUGCAGCCUCUGACUUUAAAUUAUCAUCCCCCAUCAUACAGUCAGUGAAUGUGUUAGAUAAGUCAAACCCAGAGAGAAUUAUGCUGGACACAUGGUCUUGGGGGCCAGAUUUGUCUUCCUCAGGGUACUGUAGCGACCCAUCCUCACAACCAGCAAAGGUGGGUCUUUGCGGAUAACAUUAGCAUCAUGGCAACUUGUGUGUGAAGUCAUUCCCGCUUUAUACUCCUCUCAUAUGCUUUCAUUUGGUGUUUUCUUUAAAUGGAAAUAUGUAUUUAUGUAUAUUUUUAUUUAUGUUGAGCGUGUAUACACUGUAUUUUAAAACAGCGCUUUAACAGAACUAAGGUAACCGUGAACUAAUGGAAUAUAAAUGAAUGGAUACAAUUGCAUUGCAACAGCUGAGUAUUAAGAGACCAGAGGAAGGAGGUCCCUGUCCUGUAGAGCUUACAAUCUGAGUGAAGUAGUGAUAUAUUAUGCAUUGUAGAUGUGCUUGCUGUUAUUCACAUCCAAUAAUGUCAGAUAUUCUGUUAGAUUUAUGUGAGAACUAUAAAACAAGUUCACAUCCAACUGAGUUAUUUAUUCGCCAGUAUUCCUGGUACUAAACUUCACACAUUCUUUGUAUUAAUGCAGUGUUAGAAGAGGGGA